AUGCCGCUGAAUACCGAUAUUCAAUACGCCCAGGGCUCUGACGCGUCUGUUGCUCAACCGGAGGUGGAACGGUUACUACACAAAGAGGCAGGCAGAUGGGUUAUGACCCAAGAUAUGCAGGGAAUUAAAAGGGAGUAUAAUUUUAAAUCAUUUAAGCAAGCUUGGGGGUUCAUGUCUACGGUCGCAGAAGAGUGCAAAGUCGAGAAACAUCAUCCUGAAUGGACAAAUAUAUACAACAAAGUCUGUAUUACGUGGACCACACACCGUCCACGCGGCCUGAGUCUCAAGGACUUGAAAAUGGCUAGGUUUUGCGACGAACAAGCGGAAUUGCACGGGGAGAUUUUGGUACCUCACCCUGUGUCGCAGUCUCAGUGA